CGCCAUUUCGUAGGAACAAAAGAAAGUAACAAACCUAUCUUGCCUCCAAUAGUACUGUAUACCAUUCACCACCAUGGAUGUCAGCGUCGUUGCCGCCGUAGGAUCUUUCUUUAUGUCUGAGCGAGUGCUCAAGCCAAAGGCAACAGUGUUGAUAAUACUGGCAAUGGUCCUGGCGUAUGACUUGACGACAAAGACUCAUGAUGUCUCGAGUCUGAGAGUUUAUCGCGGACCAGCAUUGGUGGCUUUUACACUAAUGAUGUCGGCGUUGUCCCUACGGACAUGGCGGAGAAAUGGGGUAGCCUGUGACGAGCUGUUAUUUUUGCCUGGGACUGCUCACGGAAUAACGCACGGAGUUGAGUGUCCAGCAACCUCUCAAUCAUCUCCUCGGGAAUCAAGCAACAAUACCAGUGGCCCCUUAGCAGAAGAAACAGCUCCCUUGGUUCCUCAUUCAGUUGUGUCCCCUCGGAAUGAGGCUGAUUUAGCUGCUGGGGCGCCCUGUCCAGAAGCGGUCGAAUUGAGGCGACGAAGCCGGUCCAUUGAAGAAGGCCUUGUUGGAGAUUCCGCAAACACCAGCAGAAGCAAUAGCAAUAUGGAGGGUCAACCAGGGAAAAGCAGUCGCCGGGUAGUCAGUUUUGACGAGGCACGCAUCAACAAUCCACACCAUCGGAGCAUUUUGGGCGAUGUCGAACUCACAGCGACAACUACCCAAAAUCGACCCCUCCGAGCCGGAUCUUUUGAUUCUAGUCUGGGGUGGGGCUCAGAUGAUUCCUCACAGGCUGAUGAUCAAUCGCAAGGAAGCGACCAACUUAUGGGCGAUAGUCAAGCGGAGGACGAAGGUUGUCUCACGAAUCCAAGAAAACUACUCUGUCGAUCCAAUGGACAUGGCAGUUCUGCAGAAGAAUCACAGCGAUUGGCUGACGGAACUGCUCACGAUAACAACAACACUAGUGGCGGCAAUAACAGCAACAACACCAGUGGCCUGAAUUCAAGUAUCAACCAAUUUCGAGAAAAUCAUCCACAAAUUACUCGCAUGGGGUCCUUUUUCUUCUUUCGAUCUUCUGCCAGCAGCACACAAAAUGCCGUGUACGCACCUUCUGGACCCGCUGUGGUGGGGGCAGCACUAGAUCUGUCCAUGCCCGUCCUGUUCAAUUUCCACUUGUUCAUUGAAGCAUUCAACCACAUUAAACCCAAGGACGCCGACAGCGAAGCACCCGCAAAAAUCCUUCCAAUCAUCUUUUUAUCCGUCCUCAUUGUCAGAUCCUUUGUACCGCCAGGGCGACGAGGACGAUUUUGGUCCACUUUGAAAUUCACCGUCAUGUCUCCCUUUCACCCUGUCAGCUUCCGAGAUGCUUUCAUUGGAGAUGCGAUUACCAGUCUGGUGCGACCGGGGCAAGACAUUCUAUUUGCCUUGUCGUACUAUUUCACAGUUAUUUGGGGCACCGUUACUGGAAGAUAUGGCCUGACGGAAAGUGGAAGGAUUUUGGAAGGAAGUUGGGUUUUGCAUAAUGUGGUGUUGCCAUCAUGUGCCUUGCUACCCUUGUGGUGGAAAUUCCUUCAAACUCUACGACAAGCUUAUGACGAAGGAAAGAGAUGGCCUCACUUGGGAAACGCAUUUAAGCAUUUACUUGCCACACUGGUCAUUCUUUACGGCAUGACCCAUCCCGAGAGCAAGCGGUCUCCGUUCUGGAUAGUGUUGUUCCUCCUGGCGCUCGCAUACCAAAUAUUCUGGGAUGUCGUCAUGGAUUGGGAUUUGUUCGAAAUUCCACCCCAUCACUUUAGAUCCUCCUUGGAUGCAAUCAACGUGGAGAACUGGCUGACUAACAUAUCUUCAAUCAUGCCGGACUCGGUUGUUUUGAUGACUCUGCAAAUGUAUGUGUUUACGCCAGUGGCAGAGGGAUGGCGGCGAUUGAAAGCUCGACUUGACAGCUUGCAGUACAUUCGACUGAGGUCAAAGCGACUCUACAAAACGGAGACUUUCUACUGGAGAAUAUUUGCAUUCAACGCCUGCAUGAGAUUCACUUGGAUGUUAUGUUUCAUCCCCGCUUAUCGGCUCUCGUCUUCAGGAGAAGAAAAGGUGGCUACGUUUUCGUCGGACGUCAACAGCUAUGUGGGGGUUCUGCUGCCGAUAGCUGAGAUUGUUCGGCGAUGUUUCUGGGGGAUUCUGCUACUCGAGAGGAAAACUAUUCAAAUGACAGACGAGGAAGAUGGAUACGCCCGAUUAGACACAACAGACCACGCAAAGAGUGAUGAAGACGCUGAUGACAGAAUCGGUGACAGCGAUGAAGGCGGAGAUGACGCUGACGAUCAUGUGAGUGGAGGAGAUCAUUCGCAGGCUGCAAAGGGGUCAUCUAUGUAUCUUCCUCUUUGGCUCAAUGCUCAGCAGCAGACUCAGCACGACUCUUCGAAUCGCAUCACAGCCUACGAGAAACUGCGCGCCCUUAUCAGUACACAUGUCCACUUUGAACUGGGCGACAAUUUCAUGAACAAUCUUUUCCUGUGUGAGCUCGGCAUGUGGGCAGCUGCUUUCGUGGGGUUGGGCUGCUGGGCUGCGAGUUGAAUGUUUGCCAAAGGCAAAUUUAGGUUGAUCAUCAGCAGAGUUCUGGGAAACGGGAUGGGUUGAUGGGUUGCGUCCUUACAUCACCGGUGGAGGUUGGUACUCGUAGAAUUACUUGUAGCAGGUAUAAAUCGCUUUUCACUCACCUCCAAUGGGGGUGUGGCGAUCACGACUUCCCCAAACUUCUUGAGCAGCUGGGAGGAGCUGCGUUAAGGCUGAACAGUCCUUGGUACGGUGGAAACGUGCUUGAAACAAAUCAUAUACUUCUAAUGCUAUUUUAUAUUCCUACUCUAUAGUACUGUGCUUGCA